GCCAGCUUGGCACGGCUUUCCGACAUGAGUUUAGUGGUUUGUGGAAUGUUUGGAAGCCUCGAAGUGGACGGGCUGCCAGUGAAAGUAACCUUGUGCUGGUUUAAGCCGUCUUAAUAACUUCCUGAACGCCAAUAAGACCGCUGACCUACCCCGAUAGGACAGAAGAGGAUCUACGAAAACCGCUGUACGGUCAAUUUAAAGUCACGUCGGAACAAAAAGAAAGGCAGCGAGUCGAGCAGUGGAUCCGGUGCCAUUCACGUUAUCAUUCAACACCAUCGAAACUGUUUUUUUCUUUCAGUAAGCUAGUUGCUUUUCAGUAAAAGCUAUAUGCUUCCGUUCUCGUCAUACUGGGAAAAAACCGUCAAAUGUGUCCUCCAAAAUGUCAUGAAUUCCAUGUGAUGGUGUGAGGAUGGGACAGGGUGGUGUUGGGAGUGACUGCAGCCCUGGAGGCUGAUGAACCCUCUCCAUUGGCCAGUCAGGAUGCACAUAGCUUCAGUGGGUGUCAGCAAAUUCUGCUUCCUGUUUUCCCUCGCUUUCUGCGGCCUCCUGCUUCUGCUCAUCCCUGCCCUCCAGCCCCCGACGCGGCAGGUGGACCUGCCUCAGCCCCGACCCCAAGUCAAAAUGGGGCCUGCAAAGGCAGGCCCAUCACACCAUGUUAGGGUUCCCGGAGCGUCUGUCCAUGCAGGGGAAACUGACUCUGCCACAGAGCCUUAUAUGAGCUCAGCAGGGCAGGGGAGAUCCACUGAGACUGAAGGUACCAGGAAUGAUAUCCAUAGUCCCAAGAGGGGGAUGGACUCCAAAAAGUCUAGGUCACGGGACCUGUUAGAGUUUAAGGACAUUUUCAUUGCAGUGAAGACUACCAGGAAGUACCACAAGUCCAGACUGGAGCUGCUGAUUCAGACCUGGGUUUCCCAAGCUAAAGAACAGACCUACAUAUUCACGGACGGUGAGGACAAGGAGCUGAGGAUAAGAACAGGAGCUAACAUCAUCAACACUAACUGCUCAGCAGCUCACACCCGACAGGCUCUGUGCUGCAAGAUGUCUGUGGAGUACGAUAAAUUCAUCGAGUCUCAGAAGAAGUGGUUCUGCCAUGUGGAUGAUGAUAACUAUGUGAUCCUGCCCAGCCUGCUGCGGCUGCUCUCCUCCUACCACCACAGCCAGGAUGUCUACCUGGGCCGGCCCAGCCUGGAUCAUCCUAUAGAGGCUGCAGAGAGGGUGAAGAGUGACGGAUCGGUGUCUGUCAAGUUCUGGUUUGCCACAGGUGGAGCAGGUUUUUGUAUCAGCAGAGGCCUGGCACUGAAAAUGAGCCCGUGGGCCAGUUUGGGGAAUUUCAUCAGCACAGCAGAAAGGAUCCGACUACCAGACGACUGCACCAUCGGCUACAUCAUCGAGGCGCUGCUGGAGGUGACCCUCACACACACGCACCUCUUCCACUCUCACCUGGAGAACCUACAGAAGCUGCCCACAGACACGGUGCUGGAGCAGGUGACUCUCAGCUUCGGAGGCUUUAAAAACAGAAGAAAUGUGGUCAGCAUUGUUGGAGGCUUUUCACUGGCUGAGGACCCCACAAGGUUCAAGACGGUGCACUGCCUUCUGUAUCCAGAUACUAACUGGUGUCCAAAGCUCCAACAUCGCCACAUAAACUGAAAGACGCUGGGUUUUUACCCUGUAGCACUCAUACCUGCUAAACUUUGAUUCCACUGCCUCACCCUGCCACGAUUGGCAGUUGGGUUCAGCUGGCAAAAUACGCCAUGUCACGUGUCAUUUGGUGGAUGCCUGAUGCAGCCUCACCUCAUGCUCCAUGAAUGCAUUGCUAGUAGGGGUGGUACGGUUCACAAAACCCACGGUUCGGUUCGUAUCACGGUUUUAGGGUCACGGUUUUCGGUUCAGUACGGUUCUUAUUUUUUCUUUAACACU